GGUGGAAUUUUUUAUUUUUAAAGUGAUCUAUGAUACUAAGAAGAAUGAAGGAGUAGAGGAUAAAUCCAAGAUGCCUCUUCUUGUUUAUGUAUCCCGUGAGAAAAGACCUUCACGGCCUCAUCGCUUCAAAGCAGGAGCCCUCAAUUCUCUUCUUCGAGUUUCUGGGAUAAUGAGCAAUGCACCCUAUGUACUAGUAUUAGAUUGUGACAUGUAUUGCAAUGAUCCUUCCUCUGCCAAACAAGCAAUGUGCUUCCAUCUUGAUCCCAAGAUGUCAACAUCUCUCUCAUAUGUACAGUAUCCUCAAAUAUUCUACAAUGUCAGCAAGAAUGAUAUUUAUGAUGGCCAAGCAAGAUCUGCUUACAAGACUAAAUAUCAAGGCAUGGAUGGGAUAAAUGGCACUGUUUGCUCGGGAACUAGCUAUUACUUGAAGAAGAAAGCCUUGUUUGGUCACCCCAAUCACGAAGAUGAAUUUCUUGAUUAUGAGCCAGAAAAGAACUUUGGCUUCUCUAGCAUGUUCAUUACUUCACUAAAAGCACUAAAUGGAAAGGAAGUUGUCAAUGAAAGGGAAAUUUUAUCUGAUGCAACUUUGGAAGAGGCAAAGAAUCUGGCCUCUUGCAGUUUUGAAGAAAACACAAAAUGGGGAAAAGAAAUUGGUUAUUCAUAUGAAUAUUUGCUGGAGAGCACUUUCACUGGUUAUCUUCUGCACUGUAAAGGAUGGAAAUCGGUUUAUCUCUACCCGGAAAGGCCAUGUUUUCUUGGUUGCACCACGGUUGACAUGAAAGAUGCCUUGGUUCAAAUGAUGAAAUGGGCUUCUGGAUUGGUUCAAGUAGGUUUUUCAAGAUUCAGCCCUCUCACUUAUGGGGUGUCUAGAAUGUCUCUCCUUCAAAGUAUGUGCUAUGGAUACUUUGCAUUUACGCAUUUUUUCUCCAUUGCCUGCCUGAUAUAUGGCAUCGCUCCUCAGCUUUGCUUCCUGUUUGGAAUUCCCCUAUUUCCCAAGGUCACAGACCUCUGGUUUGCUGCAUUUGCAACUGUGUUUGUGUCAUCUCAAGCUCAACAUCUAUAUGAAGUUCUUUCUAGUGGUGGCUCGAUUAGGACAUGGUGGAAUGAACAAAGAAUCUGGAUGAUAAAAUCAGUAACGGCUUGCUUAUUUGGAUGCCUCGACGUUCUCAUGAAGUGGAUAGGCGUAGCGAAAGCAAAUUUCCAGCUGACAAACAAAGCCAUCGACCAAGAAAAACUCGAAAAAUAUGAGAGAGGAAAAUUCAACUUCCAAGGUGCAAAAAUGUUCAUGGUACCCUUAUCACUGCUAGUUUUAUCAAAUUUGGGGUGUUUUAUUGGUGGAGUGAAAGGACUUAUAAGUGGAAGAAAUAUUGAGGAAAUGUUUGGACAGGGUGCUCUAUCCCUUUAUAUUCUUGUUCUAAGUAUUCCAAUUCUUGAAGGACUGAUCCCUAAAAUGGGCAAAUGAAAUUGUUGAUUUUUUAUAUUUGUAGAUGUAAUACCUAUUCAUAAGAGUUUUCAAUAAAGGGAUGAAAUUUAUGAUGAAA